AUGAACAAAAUAUCCGGUGGCCACCUCGCCUCAGCUCUUUUUAUUCGUUCUACUGGGAUAUUCUCACGGUCGGUCACCUGUGUCAAAUAUCACAAUGCAGUUGGAAAUGUAAUCAUUACGUUUGAAUUUACCCAGACACUGGAGGUCUCAGUCACCGUACUUCCGCUCGGUGGCCUGACCUCCGGGGCAGGUCGGUAG